AUGGACCCAGCUGGCAGAGCGCAUGCCUCCCUGGGACAUGAGGAGUCUGUGCUGGAUCAGAGAGCACUGGAGGGACUGUCGGAAAUGAGUGGAAUGAAGAAGCUGAUCGCACCAGAAGGCAUUAAAUACGUAUGUAUGGGAUCUACAAAUCCUCCAUCGGUGAAGGAGGUUACAGAAUCCAACGCUCAGGAAUCAGGAGAGGACACACUGAAAGAUGAGUCUGAGAAUCAGGAGAACAUUCUGUCCCAGCUGUUGGGUGAUUAUGACAAGGUUAAAGCCAUAUCAGAAGGAACUAACUGCAAGUGCAAGUGCGUUGUGAAGCCACUGAACAGAGACUCAUGUCAAAGAAAUAAUGGCAGUCCUACAAUGCCAGAAGAUUACUAUACUGUGGAGACUAUAACUUCUGGACCAGACUGUAAGUGUGCAUGUGUGGCACCACCGUCUGCUUUAAAUCCUUGUGAGGGAGAUUUUCGCCUAAGGAAGUUACAAGAAGCAGAGAAAAAUGGUUUCAAGCUAUCAAGCAUUAUAGAAAUGCUGGAAGGGUCUUUCUAUGGAUUAGAUCUACUAAAACUACAUAGUGUGACUACAAAAAUGAUUGGCCGCAUUGAAAAACUUGAAAAGGUUAUUCAUAAAAAUAUCACAAAAGGCGAAGAAAAAAUGAAGGACAAUGUGGAUGAAAUUCAGACUGUGGCCAGGAAGAAAGGUGAAAACAAUGAUACAAAAACUGAAGAUGAAGAGUCUGACAGCAUUGGAAAAAUUCUUCAAAGAGAUGCAGCUGCAGCCUACACUGAUUCCCAUGACAAGUAUGAAGAAAGGUUCCUUAUAGAUGAACAGGCAAAAGGUAAUGAUCCAAAGCCUCAUUCUCCACCACCACAACAAGUUCAAAGGUGGCCAAUUACUUUAAGACAAAUCAAAGUCAGAUCAAAACCGGUCCAAAAGCCUGUUGUGCGAGGUGUAACAUUUUACAAGGCCAAAGAUACAGAAGAUGACAGUGACUUGGAUGAUCUAC